CAGGCGUCCUGUACUUGCUUCCGCGGCUGGAGACCGCCAAAUUCAAAAAUCCGAAGCACGUAUGGCCAUCAAUGCCACCUCUUCGCUCGAAGUCUCGGCUCGAUUUCCUCCGUUGUUUCCAAAUAAAGAAGAAAAUUUGCAUGCACCAUGUUUUCGAUCUAUGGGAGCCGAAACCCCGUCUCUUCUAUUCAUUCCGGAGCCCGAAUUCGCCCUCAUUGGCUUCUAUCCUCCAUGAUGUCAAAGAACUCAAAUCCCUUCACCAGAUUCAUGCCAAUGUUAUCACCUCUGGCCUUCAACAGAACGUCUUCCUGUCGAACAGGUUGCUCAAUGCAUGCUUCUCGUGCGAUGAUUCAACAACCGCAGAGGAAAUUUUCCGAAGGAUGACAUACAAAAAUGUGGUGUCUUGGACCAUAAUGGUGAAUGGCUAUUGGAAACAUGGAUGCCCAUUUAAUUCAGUAAAUGCUUUUCGUGAGAUGGUGAGCGCAGGUGUGCUGCCGAAUUUGGUUACCAUUGCGAGUGUUCUGCCCGCUUGUUGUGAUUUGGGCUUACCUAAGGCUGGGAGAUCGGUUCAUUCUUACAUGAUUGUCCGUGGUUACAGGGCCAAUGUCUAUGUAGAUACUGCUAUUUUGGAUAUGUAUAUGAAAGGUGGUAGCUUAGUUGAUGCACUUAAAGUGUUCGAUAGUAUGUCUGAGAGGAAUGUCGUCUCGUGGAAUGCAAUGAUCAAUGGCUAUGUUCAAGUUGGUGAUCUUCAUGGAGCGAUGAAAUUAUUUAAGAAAAUGAAACAUACUGGUAUGAGUAUUGAUCAUUUUACCAUGUCAAUUUUGUUGCGUAUUUGUGCAGAGAUGGGGUGCCUCAUUCAAGGAACUCUUAUUCAUGCUCAUGUUAUUAAAUAUGGAUUCGAGAAGAGUUCUCAUGUGGCUACUCUGUUGAUGGAUAUGUAUGGGAAGUGUGGGAACGUAGAGGAUGCAUCUCAAGUUUUUGAUUUAUCACCAUGUAAAGAUGCUGUUUCCUGGUCAACAAUUCUGUCAAUUUUUGCUAAUCUUGGAAAUGGACAUAAAGCUGUAGAGCUCUUCGAUGAAAUGAUGGCGGCUGGUCUUCCUUUUGAUUCAGUUUCUCUGAUGGAGUAUCUUUCCUUGUGCAGCAGACUGGGUGCUCUGUCUCAAGGGAAAUGUCUUCACGGCUUGAUGACAAAAAUUGGUUUAGAAACGGAUACUCCUGUGGGAACUGCCCUGAUAGAUAUGUAUGCAAAAUGUGGGAACUUGAGUAGUGCAAGAAGUUUCUUCAACCAGAUGAACAUAAAAGACGUUAUUUGCUGGAAUGCCAUGAUUACCGGCUGUGGAACUAAUGGUUGUGGAGAUGAAGCAGUUGGCUUAUUUUGGAAAAUGAACAGCUUAGGUUUCCAACCCAACAACUCAACCUUUCUAUCUAUCUUGUCUGCCUGCAGUCAUGCAGGGUUGGUAAAGCACGGCUUUCAAAUUUUUGAACAUAUGACUGACGAAACAACUUUGGUUCCUGAUAUGCAGCACUUUGCUUGCUUAAUUGAUCUUCUUGCCAGAGCAGGACAUUUGCAUGCUGCAUAUCAGCUGGUAAAAAGCUUAUCUUUAGAGCAGGAUGUGGGUGUUUUAGGUGCUCUUCUGGGUGCAUGUAAAAUUUACGGUGAAAUCGCCAUUGGUGCAGAAAUUGCUAGAAAGUUUUUUGAAUUGGACCUGAGCGAUGCUGGAUGUUAUGUUCUUUUAUCUAAUUGGUAUGCUGGUUUGAAAGAUUGGAAUCGGGUUGAGAUGGUCCAGGACUUGUUGAGAUUGAAAGGACUAAAGAAAGAACCUGGUUGUAGCAUGAUUGAUAUUGGUGGCAGUUUCCAUACAUUUGUUUUUGAAGACACAUAGCUAGACAGCAACUCUUAUUCUUUUUAAUACAAUGCAAGGUUCUUUGGACAGUUUUCAGGUUGAAAGGCUGAAAUGGGCGGUAGUUUUCCUGAAGGUUUGAAGGUGCCUAGUUCUUUUUAUACAGGUUGACUUGGGGGUUUGAAAUGUAAGGGGGAAACCGUCUGUUUCCUUUUGAAGCUGUUGUCUAGGAAAAGAAACGUGAUUCAGUGUGACCAUAGAUGAGGAAGAGUUCUGUUGAACCGUGUAAAAUUCUUGCACUCCCUUUUCUUCUGUCAACAUAUUGCUUGCAUGUUGAUCCCUAAACUGAAUGGGGUGAUGGCGCCUCUCCCAACACUUUAUAAAAAAUUUUUGUUUUAUCGUGGCAAUAUGUUUCUCUUAAUAGUCAAAGGAGAAAAUUCAGUCCCAAAUUCUCAUAGAAGCAGCAGCAGAACUUUACACGACCUCCCCUGAUGAACACUUCUUAACAGGUAUAGUAGCUUCAGGUUUUGAACACAAACCUCAUCUUUUGAUUUUGAGGAAGGUGGUCCAAGGUCCUUGUUCUCUUUAGAAGACUAUGGAGGGUCUCAUAUGAAUCAAAGACCAAACUCUCUGGUUACCGCAACUUUCUCGAAGAUUAAAGACACAUAAGAAAAUUAUCUCCAUCUUUGUUUGUGCACCCUUUGGUUGUAGUUCUUGGAUUUGUAAUGGCGGAAGGAAGGGAGGAUGAGAUUAUUUGUCAAAAGGGCCUAACGUACAUAUCUCAGCUCUGGAUUUGGGACUUAAUUGGGCUAUAUUGAUCCGACUUACUAACCAUGAGAAAGGAAAAAGGACAAUACUAAAAGAAGGCUGUGAAGCAAUAUAUAUAGACUCGGAUGGUGAUUUGAUCUUAAUUUAAGUUGAAGACCUUAUUUGGGCUGCGAGCGGGAAGACCUAUCGUCGGGUUGAAAACUG